AUGCACAUUAUUAAAGUAUUUGUAUAUAUCAUCGUUUUUUGUAUUGUCCUUUGCAGCAGUUUAGUUGCUAAGUGUACAGUCCUAUUUGCAAUUUCUCAGCUUGAAGAAGAAAACUCCAUUGAAUAUUGUGAUUAUUUAGAUAUUAAUCAAAACUUAAGAGCAAGAAUAUCAAGAACAGGCAUAAUUAUUUGGACAUGGACCGUUAUAUUUAUGUUUCUUAUACCAGAGGGUUUCAAUGUUUUACAAUCUAUAUGGUGUUCUGUUUUCAAAAAGAAAGAGAAAAUGCCUAAAAAGCGAAGCAUUGCAGUUUUGUUUAUCAUUGAGACACUUCAUUCAAUUGGUUUAGCACAUUUAGUAUUCUACAGUCUUCCAAAAUUGAACUCCAUAGAUGCUGCAGCAAUUUCUAGUUGUGUUUGUUUCAUUCCUGUUCUACUAAGUUUAUUUUCUGAAAAUCGAAGGGAUACAAGUUCACUUGCAAUAUGUCUAUUAAUUCUGCUGUGUAAUAUUUUAGCAUUAGUUGCACAAAUUUCUGGACUAUUUUCACAAAACUUUUUAUAUUACGAUCCCAUAACAUGGAUUCUUCCUAUAGCACUCUUAUUAUCUUCCUGUCGUUGGUGGCGAAAUUAUGUUUCUGAUCACAGUUACUUUGGUUUUAUAAGGUUGUUGACAACGAUAAAUACAGAUCUUAGAAAUAAUUGUUAUUUUUUACAAGGAUUUGUAGCAAUUUGGAGAUCUUUAAUCUUUAUUAUAUGCGGACUUGUGAUUUCAAUUUUUAAAGGGAUUCAAAUUCGAGAAUUUUUUGAAUGUGUAGGUCAAAAUAAAUAUAAUGUAGAAUUAAUUCAAAAUUCAAAUGACUCUUUUCUUACAAAUACACUAGAAUCCAAUUAUUAUUCUGAAAAUAUUCUUCAACAAAGAGAUCUAAUUAUCAAUGGAGAUACCUCUGUACCAUUAAAUAUAUUUUUAAUUCAAAUUUUCUGCACUUUCGUCACAUAUCUGUCAGCAAUAUUUGCAUUUAAAACACAAAUGCACAAAUUCAGCUUUGCUUUUCCAUUAAGUUUAACCACCCCAGGAACAAUUUUAUUAAUAAUAAUACUUUGUGUUAUGAGACAAGAUGAUUCGUGCGCCUUUCAUAAAUUCAUACCAGACUUCCUAUUUUUCAAAGAACCUAGUUACAGCAGUAUGAAAGAUUUUGUUCUAAGUUGGCGUAUUUGGUGCUGGAUAAUAUGGUGGUUAUCGCAAAUUUGGAUUACAAAACAUUUAUGGUUUGAUGAAAAAGAAAAACUUGCUUUCAAGGAGAAAAUUUUCUAUAGUUCAACUUACGAUUCACUUAUGAUUGAUCAAUUCAUAGGAUUAAAUAAAAGGAAGCAUAGAACCAAUAGCGUCGACGUAGAAGAUUCUAUUGAUAGCUUAAGAGAAAUGCAAAGCUUUUAUUCUCUAUAUUCAAAUGAUACUAUAAUAAAUAAAAGAAGUAUCUGUGCCACUCAAAUUUAUGCAUGCGCGACUAUGUGGCACGAAACCAAAGAAGAAAUGAACGAAUUGAUUGGAAGUAUAUUACGACUAGAUCAAGAUCAAUGUGCUAUGAAAGUUACACAAAAAUACUACAAAAUUUCUAUUAAAGAUUAUUAUGAACUUGAAACACAUAUAUUAUUUGACGAUGCAUUUCGCUGUAAAUAUGGUUGUUCUGAAAUUUGUGACCACAAUGAAAAUGAAACACAGAUAAACCAGUAUGUAGCAACAUUUAUGGAAACCAUACAAGAAAAGAUACAAACUUGUGGUAUAUGUUUGUCACCGCCAAUAAAAUGUCCGACACCUUAUGGCGGUCAACUGGUUUGGACUUUACCAGGGAAGUCACGUUUGAUAGUGCACCUUAAGGAUAAAAAUAAAAUAAGACACAGGAAACGGUGGAGUCAGGUCAUGUACAUGUAUUAUCUUCUUGGCUAUCGCUUAAUGAGUUCAUCAAUGAAUAUUGAGCAUAAGGAAUUAACAGCAGAAAAUACUUACAUCUUAACGUUAGAUGGUGACAUCGAUUUUCAUCCAAAAGCUGUUAAAGCAUUAAUAGACUUAAUGAAAAAAGAUAAAGAAUUAAGCGCAGUCUGUGGACGAAUACAUCCAGUGGGAAGCGGUCCGAUGGUUUGGUUCCAGAAAUUUGAAUAUGCGCUAGGUCAUUGGCUUCAAAAAUCAACAGAACACGUAAUAGGUUCUGUCCUCUGCAGCCCAGGUUGUUUCUCUCUUUUCAGAGCAAAGGCUUUAAUGCAGCAUAAUAUUAUAGCAAAAUAUGCAACUACACCGACUGAGCCCAGACAUUAUAUUCAGUACGAUCAAGGAGAAGAUCGAUGGCUUUGUACGUUACUCUUGCAAAUUGGUUGUAAAAUACAAUAUUGUGCAGCUGGUGAUGCUUACACGCAUGCUCCAGAAUCAUUCAAAGAUUUCUACAUUCAACGCCGUCGAUGGAUUCCAUCAACAGUUGCUAAUAUCUUUGAUUUAUUGAGUACAUCAAAGGAAACUCGGAAAGUAAAUAAUAAUAUUUCGUUGCCCUACAUAAUGUAUCAGUGGAUUUUAUUAGGUAGUACUGUCAUUGGACCAUCUUUCAUCUAUUUAAUGAUGGCUAGUGCAUUUGUUAUCUCUUUCCAAAUAGGUCAAUGGCCAAGUUUUUGGUAUCAUCUGAUUCCAAUUAUUAUCUUUCUUAUAAUUUGUUUCCUUUGCGAGGAACAAAUUCAGCUCAUAGCAGCUGAAAUUAUCACUGUCAUAUAUGCCUUGGUAAUGAUAAUUGUUCUAGUUGGAAUAUUAAUUGAAAUAGCAACAGAAGGAUCUUUUGCACCCAAUACUCUUCUUUUUUACAUUACAGUCGGUCAAUUUCUACUGACAGGUCUUAUGCAUCCUCAGGAAUUUUCAUGCCUGAGUACUGCAAUCGUUUAUUAUGCUACUGUACCAUCAAUGUAUAUGUUACUUAUUAUCUUCUCUAUCUUUAAUGUUCAUAAUGUUACAUGGGGUACAAGAGAGACUAAAGAACAAAUUAAGAUAUCAGAAAAACAAUUUACAAAAACAAAUAAAUCACAGCACGAUGAAAAAUCUAAGUGGGCAAAUUUUUCAUGGGCUAAAUUGUUCAAGUGUGAUUUUUGUACAAAGAAAAAUUCAGAAGAAGAGACAUAUUUAAACUCUAUUUAUAAUUCUUUAAACGAGAUAAACAUUCGUUUGGAAAGAAUGGAAAGUAGCAGUAUAUCAAAAGACAUUGUAGAAGAAAAAAAUGAUAAAGACAAUAAAACAUAUAGUAAACAAACCGAAUUGCAAAUUACUAAAAAUGAUUUGCGCGAAGAUACAGAUUCAGAAAGUGAAAUUUCAGAAGAAACAUCUAGUACAUUUUAUAAAGGAUUUUCGAAUUAUUUGAUCAAUCCUAAUUGGCUUAAAGAUGAACAUAUGCAAAAUGGAAAAGUAGAUUUUCUUUCUACCUCGGAGGAGGAAUUUUGGAAGCAACUUAUCGAAAAAUAUUUACAUCCGAUUGAAAAGGAUUUAGUAAAACAAAGAAGUAUUGCAAAAGGAUUGAUAAAUAUACGUAACGAAUGUCUCUUGAAGUUUUUUACAUUAAAUAUUAUAUUCGUAGUAGCAAUUUUUUUGUUGCAACUUAAUAAGGACAUCUUGCACAUUCAGUGGCCUUUUGCUAUUUUGUACAAUAUUACUUGUAUACAGGACAUGGACGAAGUACAUGUAUCCAAGCAGUACUUGCAUUUGGAACCAGUUGGAUGUCUCUUUAUUGUUGCAUAUGUUCUUAUUCUAUGCAUGCAAUUCUUGGCAAUGUUAAUUCACCGAUUCGAUACAUUUACUCACAUCAUUGCUAAUGUGAAAUUAAAACUACCUUUCCGUGACAAAGUAAUGUUAUACAUAGAAUUACUUUCGUCGAAGAAUUACUUUUAUAAAAAUAUAUUCAAUUUUUAGGUGGAUUAUUCAUCAAACAAUUUAAUUACUAAUAAACA